GCCUCCCUGCCCAGUUAGCAGCUGCUCUCCGCCGAGUGUCCCUCUCCUCCUAUCUCUGUUCGCAGCUCUCCCCAGUAGUUUAGCAGGGCUGGUACGGAGAGACGAGGGCUGCUCCCUUUCGCCUCUGCUCAAGUCUGCUCCUCCAACACCAUACAUUCCGCACCAUGGCUGCCACGGAUGUUGACGUAUUUUCGAAUGAAGAGAAGCGUAACCUAAGUUUGGGCGGCCAUGUUGGAUUUGACAGCCUCCCUGACCAAUUGGUCAGUAAAUCAGUCACGCAGGGCUUUUGCUUCAACAUCCUGUGUGUAGGGGAGACCGGCAUCGGAAAAUCAACAUUAAUGAACACGCUCUUUAACACCAUGUUCGAGAACGAAGAGGCGAGCCAUUACCAGAACGGCGUGUAUCUGCGGCCGCGAACGUACGACCUGCAAGAAAGCAACGUCCACCUCAAACUGACGAUUGUAGACACUGUUGGCUUCGGUGAUCAGAUCAACAAGGAGGAUAGUUACAAGCCCAUUGUUGACUACAUUGACACUCAGUUUGAAAACUAUCUCCAGGAAGAGCUGAAGAUCAAGCGCUCGCUGUUUAACUACCACGACACCCGGAUCCACAUCUGUCUUUAUUUCAUCGCCCCGACAGGACACUCCCUGAAGUCCCUGGACCUCGUCACAAUGAAAAAACUGGACAGCAAGGUCAACAUAAUUCCCAUCAUUGCCAAAGCGGACACAAUCUCCAAGAGCGAGCUCCAUAAAUUCAAAAUAAAGAUUAUGAGUGAGCUGGUGAGCAACGGCGUCCAGAUCUAUCAGUUUCCCACAGAUGAUGAAGCUGUGAGCGAGAUCAAUGCCUCCAUGAACGCUCAUCUGCCGUUUGCCGUGGUUGGGAGCGUGGAAGAGGUCAAAGUGGGGAACAAAACAGUGAGGGCCAGACAGUACCCCUGGGGUGUUGUGCAAGUUGAGAACGAGAGCCACUGCGACUUUGUAAAACUCCGAGAGAUGCUGAUCAGGGUCAACAUGGAGGAUCUGAGGGAGCAGACACAUGCCCGCCACUACGAGCUGUACCGGCGCUGCAAGCUGGAGGAGAUGGGCUUCAAAGAUACAGAUCCUGACAGCCAGCCGUUCAGUCUUCAAGAAACAUACGAGGCCAAGAGGAAAGAGUUUUUGGGCGACCUGCAGCGCAAAGAGGAAGAAAUGCGGCAAAUGUUUGUCAACAAAGUAAAAGAGACGGAAGCAGAACUAAAAGAAAAGGAGAGAGAGCUGCACGACAAGUUUGAGCAGCUGAAGCGGAUGCACCAGGAGGAGAAAAGAAAGGUGGAGGAGAAGCGAAGAGACCUGGAGGAGGAGAUGAACGCCUUCAACAGGAAGAAGGUGGCAGCUGAGACGCUGUCCUUAUCUCAGCCCCUCAAGAAAGACAAGGACAAGAAAAACAGGUCGGUAAAGACGGAGAACCAGUCGGGCGUGAGCGCCUCCAGCUCCAAAGUGAUGAUGGCCAAGGCCAACGUGGAGCCCUUGAACUGCCAAAGCUGGUGGCAGGCCAUACAGUGCUGCACCUGCCUGGUCCACAACGCCACCUGGAAGCCCGAAGGCCUCUUCUGAUGCCCCGGACUGGCGGGAAGCACGCCGGGGUCAGUUGCCGAGUCCCAGCCGACACCGGAGCCGAGGCCGAUGGACGGAACGAGGUGGGGGUGGCCGGAGACGAGCAGGGCGUGGAACUAGGAGCCGAGAUGAACAGAGAAAUGCAGAGGAGCGAGACCAAAACGUUAGCAUAAUGAUGUCAUUGCUGUGUCAUCGUCCACCGCUCACCCCUCAUUACUCCUAGAUCAAAUACUCCAGAGCAUUUAAUGUCCAAACGCAUCAUUCAUCCCUCUGAUCCCAAAUUCAUUCUCAUCCUGCCAGAACACUGUCAGUUUGCAGUCGGUGAUUUUCUACUCUUCUCAAGUGUUCGUUGCCACAUUAAAAGUUACUGUAGAGGUUCGAACCUGAAGCUCGGUGCAGCUUUUUACUAAUGAAGCCCCCACUCUUUGCCCGAGUACUCAUCGUAGCCUUGUUUGUAUCGUAUCGUACGUGCAGUGCUUUUCUGUGUUCCCAUUUGUGGGCAGAAACCCGACCUGAGUGGGGGCUCAGAGUAGAAAAAGAAAACAACUUUGCACUUUAGUUUCUUCAUGCUCUUGUUAGCUGACUUCGAAGAAGACAGCUGCCAAGUUACUGAUCAGUGGCCGGUAAAGAAAACCAUGCAUUUAUUAGAUUGGAAAGCAUCAACGCAUCCUCCUAAUGUUUGUUCCAGUCCAACGUCUUGUGUUUCCUUCAUCGUGUUGAAUUCAUCUGCUUCAGUUUGUUCUCUUACUCCGUAGCAAAAAUAAGCCAUGGGUUUAAAGGAAAGUGGAAUUUUACUGGGAGGUAGAUUCAGCAAUGUGGUGCCAAAGUCAAACAAAAACUCCCCAAAAUCCCUCCUUCUCCCUCCCCUCCUUUGGGUUUUCCUGCUUCAUUUCAUUCGAGGAAAUCGGAUUGCAGGGCAAAUGUAGCAAACAAAGGCGCAGUUGUGCGUUUGGAUUCGACGGUGAAGGUUUCUCGCACCGCACGGCUGAUUCUACCUUCCAAAGCUCUGUAAAUCCUCCUAUUUAUUCAUAUCAAAGUGUCAUGGUGGAGAGUCUGUGACAAAUUAUUGAUAGAUUUUAUCGAUCGCUGUUUUGUAGACAAUGGAGAAUAACACUGAGAAAUUUGUUCAGGGCAGGGGGGAAUGUACUUGUGAGAUAUUUACAUUAUAGGUCAAAGUAUUUAUUUGGAAAACAAAAAUAUUUAUUUGAAUAGUAUAAAAAGAGAAAAAUGUCUUUAUUUUAUUAUAGUUUUUAUGAUUGCAUUAUGUCUCUUUAUUUUGGAAGUCUUGGAUUUUUUGUAAUACCUAAAGUGAAGUGCUCGGACAAUAAUCUAUAGAUUCACUCUAAUAAUGAUAAUUAUAACAACAACUCUGCACUCGGUUAACCCGUGACACAACUAUCAGUCAGAUUAGGAAGGGAAAGUGCCAUUUUUUAGUUUUGCAGAGGACUCGGAAUCAGCCCAGUUCAGUCCGAAUGUGCCAAGCUGCUUUUUUUGGUGACAGUUUGUGGUUUGUGGCUUUAAGAAUCAGUCCACUAAUCUCAGCCUCAAACUCGAAUCUAGCGCUGUUAUUUAUCUAUCGAUGGGAAUGCAAGUGGUCUGGGAUGAGAAUGCAUGACAAUACUUCACAAAUCAACUGUGAUCAAUAUGUUUUUAAAAAAUAAAUCACUGUCAGAUGUAGUUUAAAGAUGGAUUUGAAGCCGAUGGAGAAAUCCUACAAUGUUUCUGUCGAGAAAAUUUCGGGCUGUAUUCAUAAAGCAUCCGAUUUCUUCUUCAUUUACAGUUAAAUGUAGCUAUAUUUUGCUUAAAAAAGGAUUUUAUUUGUAGAAGCAAACACCUGCCUCCCAUAUCUUCAUGUGACGUGAAGCUGUGGCUGAGCGACUCACUUUUAACGACACCGUUUUUCGUGAUAAGAGCUCUUCUCAUUAAAAGGCGCUAUGAAUACAGCCCUGGGCCCAAGUGCAUGAGGGGACCUAAACGAUGUUGUGUGUGUGUGUGUGUAUUUGUUGACAGUUCAGUCAGUGGUUACUGCCUCGGCCAAUGAGUUGCGAGGGUUUAACGAUUACACUCCUGUGUACAGAUCCAAGCCGGAAGCUGAAUCACACAGCAUGGGGGGAGGUUUCUGAACAAUCCACAGCAUGUUAUCGAUACACUAAUCACCCAAAACUUCUCGACAAUUUGAAAGGUUUCAGAUCUUCAAACUCCCCUUCUGGUGGCAGCAGGGUUUUUAAAGUAAGGUGAGUUAGUCAGAAGUGCCUUGGCCUGAUAUGCAACACGCACGUUAUUUUGCUGGCAACUUGCAAAUGCAGCCUGAUAUUGUUAAGAAGAAUUUCACAAGGCUCUAGUUUUUGUUUUUUUUUUUUUUUUAGUUCAUAUAAACACUGUUGUGCAACCGGUUUGGGUUAGAACUUAGGUGUGUCCUCUAUGAAAAUGUCAAGCCCAAUAUUCGUAUUUGAUUGCGACACAAGUUGAAUUUUUUUCCGUCCGUUAGAUCAGGAAAACAACUAAAUAAGUCUGAAACAAACAACUGUUUUCAUUAUCCAUUCAUCUUUGAAAUAUAUUGAAUACUUUUGGUUACAAAAUGUCAAGAAAAUGUGACAAUUGGCUGCUGCUUGAGUUUCCACUGCCCAAGAUGACUUUAUUUUUUUAACAUCCAAAGAUAUUCAGUCAUGCGUGACAAUGAAAAACAUCAAAUUAUUGCAUCUGACAAGCAAGAACUUGGCAUUUCUGGUUUAAAAAAAUAAUAAUUUGAUUAUCAAAACAGUUGCAGAUUAAUUUUCUGACUUAUUGUUGCAACUCCAGAGCAAAGUGCCAAGAUAAUAAAACACAGUUAAAGUCAGACAGCAGUAACCAAAUGCAAAACCUUGAAUCAGGCAGGGUUAGAGGCAGGCUUUUAUUUUGUUAUUUGGUUCAGUGAUUGUGGGAGGGACUCACUUCAACCAGAACUGACUGGAGUUUGUAUUAAUGCUGAUAAUGGGCACAUUGAGCCAAAUGGAAUGAAUGCACAAUCUCUAGUAGGACCAAUUCUUUCUUGCGGGGGCAGCAGGAGGGAGGUGGGAGGCUUUGUAGACGCCAUCUUGUCGCAAACACGAUGCAAGCAUGAUGGUUUGAUGUGUGCUUUUUGUACUGCUUGUGUUUUUAUGCAAGACCAGGACCUGGAUUUAUUUAAGCUCACGAUGAAGCGCUCUGAUAGUUCAGGUCCAGUUUAAAAAACAAAAAAAAAGUUCUUGUCUGUCCGCUGAGUUCUAACUUACUAUGUGAAUGAAGUCGACCGGUGUUGCGGUGUACAAGUCCCAGUGCAGCUUGUCUAGAAUGAUCCUCUCCAUGCGAAGAAUCUCCGCUGUCGAAAAGUUGCAUCCGCUCUGCACAACCAGGUCUCUGACAGAACCUAUUACCUGUUAAAACAGACACACAAAAAGGGAAGCGAAUAAACAGAUUGUUUUGAAAAUGCA